UAAAAUAAAGGAGUUGAGUGAUUUAUGUAAACGGAAAUCUCAAAGCUGAGCAGAGCCGUUAGAUAAAUAAAAAGUAAUCAAGAUAAUUAAAUUGUGAAAAAUAAUUGGAAAAACCAACUGAUUAUUGAAAAAAAAAUCAAUCCAAAGUUGAAAUCUGAGAGAGAAUUGCGACUUUUUUUUUUUUUUUUUUAAAUAGGAAUUUGUGUGUCAAAGUCAGGUUGUGCGGCUAGCAGAGCUGUCGCACAGAGGCUCUAGCAACCGGCUGUGCUACCUGAUAUCAGCACUGCUGCAAACAACUCGUCACCUCCCAAGAUGAAGGGGCUCUUCAAAUCUAAGCCGCGAACUCCCGUUGAUAUUGUGCGGCAAACGCGUGAUCUGCUCAUCUACGUGGACCGCUCUCCCGAUAGUCGUGAAUCCAAGCGGGAAGAGAAGAUGGCAGAAUUGUUUAAAAAUAUAAGGGAGUUGAAGUCUAUUCUUUAUGGAAAUAGUGAAUCUGAGCCAGUCUCAGAAGCUUGUGCACAACUGACUCAGGAGUUCUUCAGAGAGAACACACUAAGGCUCUUGAUCACUUGUCUUCCUAAAUUGAACUUAGAGGCGAGGAAAGAUGCAACUCAAGUUGUUGCAAAUUUGCAAAGGCAACAAGUGCAAUCGCGGUUGAUUGCUUCUGAUUAUUUGGAAGCAAACAUAGAUCUUAUGGAUAUUUUGAUAGCAGGUUAUGAGAACACAGACAUGGCUUUACAUUAUGGUGCAAUGUUGAGAGAAUGCAUACGGCAUCAGUCUGUUGCAAGGUAUGUUUUGGAGUCACAGCACAUGAAGAAGUUUUUUGACUAUACGCAACUUCCGAAUUUUGACAUUGCUGCUGAUGCUGCUGCAACUUUUAAGGAGCUCUUGACAAGGCAUAAAUCCACUGUAGCUGAAUUUCUUUCCAAGAACUAUGACUGGUUUUUUGCAGAAUAUAACUCAAAGUUGCUGGAAUCUACCAACUAUAUUACGAGAAGACAAGCUGUCAAGUUGUUGGGAGAUAUUUUGUUGGACCGCUCAAAUUCAGCUGUCAUGACCAAAUAUGUGAGCUCAAGGGAUAAUUUAAGGAUUCUUAUGAAUCUUCUAAGGGAAUCAAGCAAGAGCAUCCAAAUGGAAGCUUUUCAUGUUUUCAAGUUGUUUGCUGCGAAUCAGAAUAAGCCUCCAGACAUUGUUAGUAUACUCAUUGCAAAUAAAAGCAAGCUUCUACGUUUGUUUGCCGAUUUCAAGACUGAUAAAGAGGACGAACAGUUUGAGGCAGACAAGGCUCAAGUUGUGAAAGAAAUUGCUGCCCUUGAGCCUAGAGACCGGCCAUAGUGAGCUUAUAGUAUACCAUUUUCUCAAUUUUCUUUUAAUCUUAUUAACACAAAUUGACUGUGAAUCAUAUAGCGUUCUCGUAGUCCUUUCAGAAGGAUGUGUAAUAUGUAAAAAGAUAAAAAAAGCCUCUUGUUUUCUGUUACUCUUUUCUUAGAAUCUUAGUUUAUCAUUUUCUGUAAUUCAUAAUGUUUCGGAUGUAUGCAAACCUAAACGUGUGUGGACUGAAAAAGA